AUGGCGGACGUGACGGCCCGGAGCCUGCAGUAUGAGUACAAGGCGAACUCUAACCUCGUCCUUCAAGCGGAUCGGUCCCUGAUUGACAGGACCCGUCGGGAUGAGCCUACAGGAGAGGUCCUCUCCCUGGUUGGGAAGCUGGAAGGCACCCGGAUGGGGGACAAAGCCCAGAGGACCAAGCCCCAGAUGCAGGAGGAGAGACGAGCAAAGAGGCGGAAACGUGAUGAGGAUAGACACGACAUUAACAAGAUGAAAGGUUACACUCUGCUGUCUGAGGGCAUUGACGAAAUGGUGGGAAUUAUCUACAAACCAAAAACAAAGGAGACCCGCGAAACCUACGAAGUUUUGCUCAGCUUCAUUCAGGCAGCUCUGGGUGACCAGCCUCGAGACAUCCUUUGCGGGGCGGCUGACGAGGUUCUGGCUGUCCUGAAGAAUGAGAAGCUGCGGGACAAGGAGAGGCGGAAAGAGAUUGACCUACUUCUGGGACAGACGGACGACACCCGUUACCAUGUGCUGGUGAACUUGGGCAAGAAGAUCACAGACUAUGGCGGGGACAAGGAGAACCAGAACAUGGAUGACAACAUUGAUGAGACCUAUGGGGUGAAUGUGCAGUUUGAGUCAGAUGAAGAGGAGGGUGAUGAGGAUGUCUAUGGAGAAGUCCGGGAUGAAGCUUCGGACGAUGACAUGGAAGGAGACGAAGCGGUCGUUCGCUGCACUCUUUCGGCCAAUCUGGUGGCGUCGGGUGAGCUGAUGAGUUCCAAGAAGAAAGACCUGCACCCCCGGGACAUCGACGCCUUCUGGCUCCAGCGGCAGCUGAGCCGUUUCUAUGACGAUGCCAUUGUGUCCCAGAAGAAGGCUGACGAAGUCUUGGAAAUCCUGAAGACGGCCAGCGAUGACAGAGAAUGCGAGAACCAGCUGGUCUUGCUGCUGGGCUUCAACACGUUUGACUUCAUUAAAGUGCUGCGACAGCACAGGAUGAUGAUCCUGUACUGCACCCUCUUGGCGAGCGCUCAGAGUGAAGCCGAGAAGGAGAGGAUCAUGGGAAAGAUGGAAUCCGACCCGGAGUUGUCAAAGUUCCUGUAUCAGCUGCAUGAGACGGAGAAGGAAGAUUUAAUUCGGGAGGAACGCUCUCGCAGGGAACGGGUCCGCCAGUCUCGUAUGGACACAGACCUAGAAACAAUGGAUCUGGACCAAGGCGGGGAGGCGUUGGCCCCUCGGCAAGUUUUAGACCUGGAGGACCUUGUGUUCGCCCAGGGCAGCCACUUCAUGGCCAACAAACGGUGCCAGCUGCCGGAUGGUUCUUUCCGGAGGCAGCGCAAAGGCUACGAGGAGGUCCACGUCCCGGCCUUGAAGCCCAAGCCCUUUGGUUCAGAUGAGCAAUUAGUUCCGGUGGAGAAGCUCCCCAAAUAUGUGCAGGCUGGGUUUGAGGGGUUCAAAACACUGAAUCGGAUUCAGAGCAAACUGUACCGUGCCGCGCUCGAGACGGAUAAUAACCUGCUUCUGUGCGCACCCACGGGUGCCGGGAAGACCAACGUAGCCUUGAUGUGCAUGCUGCGUGAGAUCGGGAAGCACAUCAAUCUGGACGGCACAAUCAACGUGGAUGACUUUAAAAUCAUCUACAUUGCACCCAUGAGGUCCUUGGUGCAGGAAAUGGUGGGCAGCUUUGGCAAGCGUCUGGCCACCUACGGCAUCACGGUGGCUGAGCUGACUGGGGACCACCAGUUGUGCAAGGAAGAAAUAAAUGCAACCCAGAUCAUUGUCUGUACCCCAGAGAAGUGGGACAUCAUCACCCGCAAAGGAGGGGAGCGGACCUAUACUCAGCUGGUGCGGCUUAUCAUCUUGGACGAGAUCCACCUUCUGCAUGAUGACCGGGGCCCUGUCCUGGAGGCCCUGGUGGCCAGAGCCAUCCGCAACAUUGAAAUGACCCAGGAGGAUGUCCGGCUCAUUGGCCUGAGUGCCACCCUCCCCAAUUACGAGGACGUGGCCACGUUCCUGAGGGUGGAGCCUGCCAAAGGCUUGUUCUACUUUGACAACAGCUUCCGCCCGGUGCCCCUGGAACAGACCUAUGUGGGAAUUACGGAGAAGAAAGCCAUCAAGCGCUUCCAGAUCAUGAAUGAGAUUGUGUACGAGAAGAUCAUGGAGCAUGCCGGGAAGAACCAGGUGCUGGUGUUUGUCCACUCCAGGAAGGAGACGGGAAAGACGGCCCGAGCCAUUAGGGACAUGUGUCUGGAGAAGGACACCCUGGGCCUCUUCUUGCGGGAGGGUUCCGCCUCCACCGAGGUCCUGCGGACAGAAGCCGAGCAGUGCAAGAAUUUGGAACUGAAAGACUUGCUGCCUUACGGCUUCGCCAUUCACCAUGCCGGCAUGACCAGGGUGGACCGAACGCUGGUGGAAGAUUUAUUUGCAGACAAGCAUAUUCAGGUUCUGGUCUCUACGGCAACCUUGGCCUGGGGCGUUAACCUGCCUGCUCACACGGUCAUCAUCAAAGGGACACAGGUGUACAGUCCAGAAAAGGGCCGCUGGACUGAGCUGGGGGCCCUGGACAUCCUGCAGAUGCUGGGUCGUGCCGGGAGACCUCAGUACGACACCAAGGGCGAGGGAAUCCUCAUCACCUCCCAUGGAGAGCUGCAGUAUUACCUCUCGCUGCUCAAUCAGCAGCUGCCCAUCGAAAGCCAGAUGGUGGCCAAGCUCCCAGACAUGCUCAACGCAGAGAUCGUGCUGGGCAACGUCCAGAAUGCUAAGGAUGCUGUGAACUGGCUGGGCUACACUUACCUCUACAUCCGAAUGCUGCGUUCCCCCACUCUCUAUGGGAUAUCCCACGAUGACCUCAAAGGGGAUCCAUUGCUGGACCAGCGCCGGCUGGACUUGGUCCACACCGCAGCGCUGAUGCUGGACAAAAAUAAUCUGGUCAAGUAUGACAAGAAGACAGGAAACUUCCAGGUCACCGAGCUGGGCCGUAUUGCCAGCCACUACUAUAUCACCAAUGAGACCGUGCAGACCUACAACCAGCUGCUCAAGCCCACCCUGAGCGAGAUCGAACUGUUCCGAGUCUUCUCCUUGUCCUCGGAGUUCAAGAACAUCACUGUGAGAGAGGAAGAGAAACUGGAGCUGCAGAAGCUGCUAGAGCGGGUCCCGAUCCCUGUCAAAGAGAGCAUUGAGGAACCGAGCGCAAAGAUCAACGUGCUCCUCCAGGCCUUCAUCUCUCAACUGAAACUGGAAGGCUUUGCUCUUAUGGCAGACAUGGUGUACGUCACUCAGUCUGCUGGGCGGCUCAUGCGUGCCAUCUUUGAAAUCGUCCUGAAUCGCGGCUGGGCGCAGCUCACAGACAAGACUUUGAACCUCUGCAAGAUGAUUGAUAAGCGCAUGUGGCAGUCCAUGUGUCCCCUGCGCCAGUUCAAGAAGCUGCCCGAAGAGGUGGUGAAGAAAAUUGAGAAGAAGAACUUCCCGUUUGAGCGGCUGUAUGACUUGAAUCACAAUGAAAUAGGGGAGCUCAUCCGUAUGCCGAAGAUGGGGAAGACCAUCCAUAAAUACGUCCACUUGUUCCCAAAGCUGGAGCUGUCUGUCCACUUGCAGCCCAUCACCCGGUCCACUCUCAAGGUGGAGCUGACCAUCACCCCAGAUUUUCAGUGGGAUGAAAAGGUCCACGGUUCCUCUGAGGCGUUCUGGAUCCUGGUGGAGGAUGUGGACAGCGAGGUGAUCCUCCACCACGAGUACUUCCUGCUGAAAGCCAAGUACGCGCAGGAUGAGCACCUGAUCACCUUCUUCGUGCCGGUCUUUGAGCCCCUUCCUCCGCAGUACUUCAUCCGGGUGGUCUCGGACCGCUGGCUCUCCUGCGAGACGCAGCUUCCCGUGUCCUUCCGGCACUUGAUCCUUCCGGAGAAGUAUCCUCCGCCCACGGAGCUGCUGGACCUUCAGCCGCUGCCUGUUUCUGCUCUGCGGAACAGCGCCUUCGAGAGCCUCUACCAAGACAAGUUCCCCUUCUUUAAUCCCAUCCAGACCCAAGUCUUCAACACGGUCUAUAACAGUGAUGAAAACGUCUUUGUGGGAGCUCCUACUGGCAGCGGGAAGACCAUCUGUGCGGAGUUUGCCAUCUUGAGGAUGCUGCUGCAGAACUCGGAGGGCCGCUGUGUCUACAUCACCCCAAUGGAGGCCCUGGCUGAGCAGAUUUUCCUGGAUUGGUACGAGAAGUUCCAGGAACGCCUCCUCAAGAAGGUGGUCCUGCUGACGGGGGAGACCAGCACUGACCUCAAGCUGCUGGGCAAAGGCAACAUCAUCAUCAGCACCCCUGAGAAGUGGGACAUCCUCUCCCGGCGCUGGAAGCAACGCAAGAACGUCCAGAAUGUCAACCUCUUCAUUGUGGACGAGGUGCACCUCAUCGGGGGCGAGAAUGGGCCUGUCCUGGAGGUGAUCUGCUCUCGGAUGCGCUACAUCUCCUCCCAGAUCGAGCGGCCCAUCCGGAUCGUGGCCCUGAGCUCCUCCCUCUCCAACGCAAAGGACGUGGCUCACUGGCUGGGCUGCAGCGCCACCGCCACCUUCAACUUCCACCCCAACGUGCGCCCUGUGCCCCUGGAGUUGCACAUUCAGGGCUUCAACAUCAGUCACACGCAGACCCGCCUGCUGUCCAUGGCCAAGCCGGUCUAUCACGCGAUCAUGAAGCACUCCCCGAAGAAGCCGGUCAUCGUGUUUGUCCCAUCUCGCAAGCAGACCCGUCUUACGGCCAUUGACAUCCUCACCACCUGCGCCUCCGACGUCCAGAGACAGAGGUUCCUUCACUGCACAGAGAAAGAUGUGGCCCCUUACUUAGAGAAGCUGAAUGACAACACUUUGAAGGAGACGCUGGUCAAUGGCGUGGGGUACCUGCAUGAAGGGCUGACCCCCUUGGAGCGCCGAGUGGUGGAGCAGCUGUUCAGCUCAGGUGCCAUCCAGGUGGUGGUGGCCUCGCGGAGUCUCUGCUGGGGAAUGAACAUGGCCGCUCACUUGGUCAUCAUCAUGGACACCCAGUACUACAAUGGCAAGAUCCAUGCGUACGUGGACUACCCCAUCUACGACGUGCUGCAGAUGGUGGGCCACGCCAACCGCCCCUUGCAGGACGAUGAGGGGCGCUGCGUCAUUAUGUGCCAGGGCUCCAAGAAGGAUUUCUUCAAGAAGUUUCUGUACGAGCCCCUCCCGGUGGAGUCUCACCUGGACCACUGCAUGCACGACCACUUCAAUGCGGAAAUUGUCACCAAGACCAUCGAGAACAAGCAGGAUGCCGUGGACUAUCUCACCUGGACCUUCCUGUACCGCAGGAUGACGCAGAAUCCCAACUACUACAAUCUGCAAGGCGUUUCUCACCGGCAUCUCUCGGACCACUUGUCGGAGCUGGUGGAGCAGACGCUGAGCGACCUGGAGCAGUCCAAGUGCAUCAGCAUCGAGGACGAGAUGGAUGUGGCACCCCUGAACCUGGGCAUGAUCGCGGCUUAUUACUACAUCAACUACACCACCAUCGAGCUCUUCAGCAUGUCCCUGAACGCCAAGACCAAGGUGCGAGGCCUGAUUGAAAUCAUUUCCAACGCUGCCGAGUACGAAAAUAUUCCCAUCAGGCAUCACGAGGACAACCUUCUGCGGCAGCUGGCCCAGAAGGUUCCCCACAAGCUGAACAACCCAAAAUUCAACGACCCGCACGUCAAAACCAACCUCCUGCUGCAGGCCCACCUCUCCCGGAUGCAGCUGAGCGCAGAGCUCCAGUCGGACACCGAGGAGAUCCUCAGCAAGGCCAUUCGGCUGAUCCAGGCCUGCGUGGACGUCCUCUCCAGCAACGGCUGGCUGAGCCCGGCCCUGGCAGCCAUGGAGCUGGCCCAGAUGGUCACCCAGGCCAUGUGGUCCAAGGACUCCUACUUGAAGCAGCUGCCGCACUUCACGUCCGAGCACAUCAAGCGCUGCACGGAGAAGGGAGUGGAGAGCGUGUUUGACAUCAUGGAAAUGGAAGACGAGGAUCGCAACGCCCUGCUGCAGCUCUCUGACGCGCAGAUUGCCGACGUGGCACGUUUUUGCAACCGCUACCCCAACAUCGAGCUUUCCUACGAGGUGGUGGAGAAGGAUGGCAUUCGCAGCGGAGGCCCCGUGGUGGUGCUGGUACAGCUGGAGCGAGAGGAGGAAGUCACCGGGCCGGUGAUUGCACCACUCUUCCCUCAGAAACGCGAGGAGGGCUGGUGGGUGGUGAUCGGCGACUCCAAAUCCAACAGCCUCAUCUCCAUCAAGAGGCUGACGCUGCAGCAGAAGGCCAAGGUGAAACUGGACUUUGUGGCACCAGCCACCGGAACCCACAACUACACCCUCUACUUCAUGAGCGACGCCUACAUGGGUUGUGACCAGGAGUACAAGUUCAGCGUGGAUGUCAAAGAGGCCGAGAGCGACAGCGAUUCCGACUGAGUGGGGAGCUGGAUAAGAGAUCGGCAGGACCAGCGCACACCCCGUUCUGAGCAUUCUUCAGACAGGGCGGCCCCUCUGGCUGCCCGGGAGGACAUUUCACUGGUUUUGAUUACCGGACUUUUCCCUGCUUCCACCCAAGCCUCCAAGCAGCCGUAGAGAUUAACUCACAGUGGUCCUGCUUUUAUCAGCUCUGUGUUCUAUCUCAGAUGGUCUAAUUGUUCUAGAGCAAGCACCUGAAGAAAUUUCAUUUUAAAAAAACUCAGCACCCAGUUCUGUGUACAGUAAUUUGUGUAAGUGAGCUGAGUUGGUUCUGUAGAGCUCCUGCUUGUGUUUUUCCCAAUAAAUCUUUUAGGAACAAA